AUGGCACUCACUGUGCUUACAUGGGUGAUUAUGCCUAAGUCCGCUCUUCAUGGCAGAGAGGGAUGGGCAUUUUGUGUCUUCUACAUUGUCGCCUUCCUUCUCUCACUCUUCAAGUCUUCGGAGAUCCAGCUUCGGGUAUUCAACAACGACGACGGCCACGCUCUUCCCAUUGAAUCCGUCAGCAACCAACCCGAUGGAUCCUCUACGGCAGUCCGCAACCAACUCGAUGGAUCCUCUACGGCAGUCCGCACUCUUACCUCUAAAACAUGUACCACAGUAGGCAGCGAGAUAUGGACCGGCACAGGCCCCAGCAGCGUCCCUCCUCUUCCUGCGGUCUAG